GCUUCCGGGGCGGAUACACAGCUGUGCUAACUUCCGCUUCCUAACAUUGAGCGCGCAAUCUAAACCAACAAGCUGACAUCCCAGCAGCUGCCGCAACAUCCUAAGGAAUAUUUUAUUCAUUUUAAAAAUAUUUAUUAAUUUUUGCGAAGAUGUCUUUUACUCCAAAAAGGCCAUGCCCAGACCCAAUGAACGACUCGAUGGAGAAAAGAAUAAAGCGGAUUUCUAUCGAGGGGAACAUCGCGGCAGGCAAAUCUACCUUUGUGCGCCUCUUGGAGCAGGAGAGCGCGGACUGGGAGGUGGUACCAGAGCCGAUCGCCAGGUGGUGCAAUGUUCAAACAACUGGCAGCGACUUUGAGGAGCUGACCACAUCUCAGAGAAGCGGGGGGAACGUCCUGCAGAUGAUGUACGAGAAGCCAGGGCGGUGGGCUUAUACUUUCCAGAGCUACGCCUGUAUCAGCCGGGUGCGUGCCCAGAUCAGAUCAGCCAACGGGAAGCUCAGGGAGGCUGAGAAUCCUGUGCAAUUCUUUGAGCGGUCCAUCUACAGUGACAGGUACAUCUUUGCAGCCAACCUAUAUGAGAGUGAAUGCCUGAAUGAGACCGAAUGGUCCGUCUACCAGGACUGGCAUGGGUGGCUGCACAACCAGUUUGGCAAGGACAUCGAGCUGGAUGGCAUUAUCUACCUCAGAGCCUCGCCAGAGAGGUGUUUAGAGCGGUUACACCUGAGAGGGAGAGAGGAAGAGCAAGACAUCCCUCUGGAGUACUUGGAGAAACUUCACUUCAAGCACGAGAGCUGGCUGCAGCACAAGAGCCUGACCAUGGAGUUUGAGUAUCUCAGUGACGUGCCGGUCAUGACGCUUGACGUGAAUGAAGAUUUUAAGGGCGAUAAAAUCAAAUGUGCUGACAUGAUCGAGAAGGUCAAAGAGUUCUUGAGCACGCUAUGAACACCGCCACAAAGAAAAGAGUGAAGACUGGAUGGAGUAUGGCUUUUAAAGCAUAGACAAUGACAAUUACUUAUAUGUUCAAUAACUGAAAAGGUAUUGGGGGGGGUUUUUUGUUUUUUUUUAAGUGUUGUGUAUUUAUCAGCAUUAAUGUGCGCAAAUGAGAUUGUAAUGUAUGUCCACUGAUAACAAUGACAGUAAACUUGUUAUUUUUCGCCCACCAACUGCACAAAA